AUGGAAUCCACACCGUCAUCACCAUCAUCGAUCAUUGGUUUUCCCUUGCAAUCAUCAAAUUUCAAUCGAUUUGAUCUAUCACCAACAUCGACAACAUCGACAUUUCAUCAAGAUCAUAAUGAUGAAAAUGUUAACUUGAAACAUCAAAUCAAUAAACGUAUUGAACAAAUUGAAAGUAAAUUACGUAAAUUAUGUAAUCAAAAUUCCGAUCUAAAUGAACAACUAGAACGUUGUAUACGUGAUGUACAUCUGGAUGAACAAGAUUUGAAUAAAAAAGUUGAACAACGUCUUCAAUACAUUACGGAUAUGAAUCAAUUAUUACAAUUGAAAUUAAACAUGUUGGAAACAAAAUUCGGUCAACAUUUAAAUCAAUCAUCCGAAGCAAUGAUGAUGACCGGCACCGGAACCACAACAAUGUCAACGGUUAUUGAAGAUCCAUCGAAUCAUUAUUAUCAAUCGGAUAAUCAUGGAUAUCUGGCAUCGAAAAUGGCCUAUGAUCAAAUAUCAACAGCAACAUUAUCAUCGGCAAUAUUUUCAAAUGAUAAAAAUAAUAUUAAUCGACCAACUAUUUCAACAACAUCUAAACAAAUGAUCAAUAAACGUCCAACAAAAACUAUAGCCUAUGUUAUGCCAAAUGUACGAAUAUUACCGGCUCAUUCACAACAGCAGCCAUUAUCCGGUACAUCAAUGAUACAUCGAUCUAUUUCGGCUGGAGAAUCCAAUAAUAGUAAUAAUAGCCAAAAUGAUUCAUUAUCAACAAUUAAUAAUGAUCAAACAAAUCAAGAUGGCGGUGAUCAUCAUUCACGUCGUUGUCGUCGUCAUCAUCGUAUAAGGCUAUUUUCACAUCGACGACGACAUUGAAUAUUUUUGUGCAAUAACAACAACAACAACAACAACGACAAAACAAAACGAAAAAAAAAAUUUGAUUCCACAUCGACUGAACAAAGAUUGACUGAUGAUGAUGAUGUUCGAUCCAAACUUUUGUCCAAAAAAAAAUUUCUAAAUAAAAAAAAUUCUUUCAAAUCAAGCCGUUAUUCUAUUCAAUUCCAUUGUCAUGCCAGAAUUUUUGUUAUAAUUUUAUACUACACUGACAUUUGACCGUUAAUGGUUUGUGUAUGUGCAUGGAAUGUGUGAAUUUUUCUUUCAUCAAAAAGUCAUCGUUCAUUGACUUUUUGACAUGUUUUUAUCUGGUAUUUACUGUAAAAUAAUGAUGAUUAUAAUAAUAAAUAAUAAUAAUAUAUAAAUACCACUACCACAACCGUGGUCAAAUACACCCACCUCCCGCUACAAUUAUAGCCACUCCCAUCCAUCAAAUUCACUGUUACACAUGAUAAUAAUGAUUUCAAUGAAAAAAAGUAAUAAUUUUUUUAUUCUAUUUUUUUCUUGACUAUCUCGAAAAUAAUAAAGUGCAAAAAAUCCGGUUAA